AUGUUCACGUUAUGGAAGCACCCCGAGGCGUUCACAAUCGCUAGUUCCAAUGCAGCCAUUCGCAUUGAUCGCUCGACUGCCGAAAUUUCGAGCGCAAAGCCGCCCCCUUCCACUGGGCAAUCCAUUGCUGCCAUCAUCGGUAUCAUUCAGCUCCGAGUAACCAAGUACCUCAUUGUGGCCAACACGGCGAAAGCUGUUUGUGACAUUUUCGAGAGCAAGGUUUACAAGCUUAGUGGGUUCCAGUUGCUGCCCUUCAAGGCCCAUUCUGCCCCGGCAACUAUCGAGACAGAGUUCCUAGGGCUUAUUCGGAAGCACCUGGCGUCUGCACCGAUGUAUUACAGUCCCACUUACGAUAUUUCUACUGCUCUGCAGCGUCAACAGCCCAAUUCGGGUGAGAAGCCCUACGAAAGCGCCGACGAGCGCUUCUUUUGGAACUAUGCUGUGUCUCAGCCCCUUGUCAGAGCGGCUGAAAAGGAGCCUGCCGUCAAGGAGUUUGUCUGUGUGACCAUUUUUGGAGUUUACCAUCUUGAGCACACUAAAAUCAACGGUGUGCCUCUCAAGUUUGGUAUUGUCAGCCGUCGCUCUCGUCACAGAGCCGGUACUCGGUAUUUCCGCCGCGGUAUCGACGACAAUGGCAAUGUUGCCAACUACAAUGAGACCGAGCAGCUGUUAUUCGUCAAAGACAGGGUGUAUUCUUACGUACAGACCCGUGGUUCAGUCCCUGGCUACUGGGGUGAGAUCAACAAGCUCACAUACAGACCCAAAAUGGCUAUCGGUGGACCAGCAAUUGAGGCAGCUAGCAAGCACUUUGACCAACAGAAAAAGCUGUACGGCGAGCAGUAUCUUGUUAAUCUUGUGAACCAGUCCGGCUAUGAGAAAGCUGUUAAGGACUUGUACGAGAACGUUGUUGAGGGUCUCCACGACCCUGCUCUGCACUAUGUCUACUUUGACUUCCACCAUGAGUGCUCCAAGAUGCGCUGGCAUCGCGUGAACUUGCUUUUGGACGAGCUGGAGCGCAUUGGUCUCGACAAUCAAGGCUGGUGCCUGGUUGAGAACGGCCAAGUCAAGGCCAAGCAGUCGUCGGUCGUACGCACCAACUGUAUGGACUGUUUGGAUCGCACAAACGUCGUUCAGUCUUGCCUUGGUGGCUGGGUGCUCCAGCAGCAGCUGGAAGAAUCAGGUGUUCUCUCCAAUGGCCAGAAGUGGGAGCACGAAGCCAGGUUUGUCUCGCUGUUCCGCAACGUCUGGGCCGAUAAUGCCGACGGUGUUUCGCGAGCUUAUUCGGGUACUCCUGCUUUGAAGACUGACUUUACUCGCACCGGCAAGCGGACCAAGAUGGGUGCCAUGCAGGAUCUGCGUAAUUCGAUCACCCGCUAUUAUUUGAACAAUCUGAACGACGGUCAUCGUCAGGACGCCUUCAAUCUAUUUUUGGAAGACUAUUCGCCAUUCGAGCACGUAGAGUCUCCCUUCACCGACCGCCGCGACCUGUGGACUCGUUCCCUGCCAUACUUUUUGGGCUUCUCGGUAUUCCUUCUGGUUUUCUCUGUCAUCUAUCCGUCACCCAGGCACACUAUCAAGUUCAAUUUCGGUGUGAGCUGCUUUUUCUUUGCCAUUUGCAGCAUCGCGUUCAGAAAGGUGUUUUCCGAUGGCCUGCAAUAUGUAGACUGGCCCAAGUUACUGCCUUUGGAUUAUGUUCGUGGCGUUAACAAGCCCUCUGGAUUGAGAUACGAGCUAACUUCACGGUCAUCCUCCAAGCAGGAUUAA